UCAACGAUUAGUUUUAAGUUCUGUUUUUGAACUUUAUAUUUGAGAAGCACUUAAUCUACGUCCCACGUCGUCAAGGGGAUCGAGGGAACAAAGAGAGAGGUUAAAUACCCUGUCCCUCAGGAAUCAGGUCAUCGAAACUAUGUUUUCUCCGUGUACCACCUCUCUUCGAGCGAAUUUUCUCCUCCCGAAAGCUCGGCAUCUAAAAUGCCUAACUUCGUUCUGGAGAUGGCAAAAAACAGAGGCCAGUCCUUUGGUAAAGCGGGAAAUUGUCGACGACCCAAGGCCCGCAAAAUCUGCAGAGGUUGAAGCGCGACCAUUCCUUGAUAUUCCAUCGCCUGUUUUUGGCUUGACAUCGACAAUUAAACAUUUUAAGGAAACCGAAGGUUUUACCAAAGUUUACAAACUAUCUAAUCGGCUGUUCACGGAGCAUGGUCCUAUUUUUAGGGGCGACAUAUUGUUUGGCGGCAAACCUGCGGUUUACACCAUCGAUCCUGAUGAUUUUGAGAAAGUUUUCCGUUCUGAAGGAAGAUAUCCACGCAGACCGCCGAUAUUGGAGAUUUGGAGAGAACAGCGCAAAAGGAGGAAUUAUUUCGUCGGAGUCUUUAGUGCGUAAGUAAAUGUUACGUAAUAGUAUAAAUGCUAUUUCAAAUGGGUGUCAGAAAAACGCGGGGCCGGAGUCGGACUCUGUCAGAAGGGUCCAAAUAAUAUCUUAGCCCCACUAUUCAGAAACUCACCCUGAGGGAGGGAGGGAGUGGGAGAUGGGUAGGAGGGGGGUGGGUGCAAAUAAAAAAUAGAAUGUCCCCUCUCCAAGGUGACAGUACUUUUCAAGACGAACACAGUUGAAAUGGCAGAUACUUAUUGCACCUGACAUCAUGAUAUGAAGCAGAAAAUAAUAAACAUUUUCAAAUGCAUCAAAGAGCAAAUGCCCAGAAACAGGCUGGGGAUGGGAAGUAGGGUGGGGUGAGUAUGCAUGAAGAAAGGCACAAAUUUAAAUGGUGUCAGUAAACUGUGUGGUCAGGGUUGGGGUUUGUGUUUUUGAAAGAAUGCUGUUUCAGGGUUAGGGUUAGGGUUGAUAAAAAGUUGAACAUUACAAAAACAGUAAGAAGAUGUUAAGCAAGACACCUCCAUAAGGGAGGUGGGGAAGUAAUAAUCAUGAGACCAUUUUUGUAGGGGAGUGGGAAUUAAAAUUGUUUAUAUAUUCAUUCAUUUUAAUGCUUAUUAUGGCAUUUUAAUACUACAGUGUGGCACAAUCCAACCCUUUACUUGUUUUGUUGUUUUGAUAUCAUAGGGAUGGAGAAGAAUGGUACAGAAUACGAAAGAGUAUUGCUCCAAAAAUCAUGCGUCCAAAAAUAAUAGAGGAAAACAUUGAUAACUUUAUUGCUGUUACCAAGGAUACAGUAGCAAGGUUUGUUCAACUGAACAAAGAUUGUGGACCAAAUGAUCACAUUCCUGACUUGGAAGGGGAAUUGAGUAAAUGGUCAGCUGAAAGUAAGUUGUCAGUAUCAUAUGGACUAAUGGACUAAUUAAGGUGCCAACAGCAUGUAUUUAUAUACUGAUAUGCCAUCUCAUGUCUCUCAGGUUCUCGACCUUCCAUUAUUAAAGGCACUGGCCGUUGCUUAUAAAGAUUAAAAAAAAAUGUCCCUAGUAAAGCCUGAGGUUUCCUCAUAUUUUAUUCUGCUGCAAUAGUUACAGCACAUUGACCAAGAAGCAGUAAAUUAAAUGGAAACCUGAGGCACCAAAGGUCUGAGGUAUGUUUAGGUCCACACCCACCAGCGUAUCUAGGUGCACUGCAUGCUGAGGAUCAGUUUCUUCUUAAGAACAUGAUUUUGUGGAAUUAACCCACCAAUCAGAACAAAAUGCAACCUAGCUCUUCAAAUAAAAACAAUUGACUUCAAAGCUUACUGAAUGAGAAUCAACAGCUGACAACAAGAGCUAACAUUUUAUAUUUGAUGAUGUCUGCACUUUUACUGGUUUCCCUGUGAAAUGAUAUCUUGGGAACAAGCACAGAAAUUCCAUACUGAUUUAUACAUCUGGGGAGUGCUCGGAUUGUUCGUGCCACUAUAGAGACUCUGGAAUUUCUGGAAUUUCUGUGCAGGUCAUGUGACCUCAGAUGCCAUUUCAUGGAAAAUCAUUGAUAGGGUAGCAAAAUUUAGGCUGGUUUCUUGUAGGCUAAAAGAUUGAAGGUUAGCCUUAAAGUUACUGUAAUGUUUAUUCAACAUAUUGGUGUAUUUUUUUGCCUAUAGGUAUUGGUACUGUGGCAUUUGACACCCGUCUCGGAUUGUAUGACGAUCCAAUCCCACCAGAAACGCUGCAGUUCAUUAAUGAGGUUCAAAACUUCUUUGCCCUUUCCCACAAGCUUAUUUUCAGUGCAGUGCACAGAAUUGCUGGGCCAUAUAUUGACACACCACUUUUUAAAAAGUUCCUCAAGUGUGGUGAUACUAUCUUAGACAUAGGGCAGGGUUUUGUGGAGAAAAAGAUGAUGGAACUAAAAGAAAUGGCAGAGAAAGGAACUGACAGUUCUGAUAACUCUCAAGGUUUGUGCAAGCUGAUAUGGAUAGAUGCUACCUGUUAAAAAUUUGAUUAACCCGCUUGUACUUUUAUGAGAGCCUUCGGGCUGGAUGAAUUACAAGAAAUUUUAAUAAAAGUUAAGAAAAUUAUGCACAGUUAAUAAAACAAACGGCAUAACUCUAAAUAAAGUACUAAUUAAUAAUAAAAUGAAGCUAUAACAUUGGUCUCAUACAUUGUAUUUAUAUAGCUGUUUAUUUCCUUCUGACAAUAUAAAAACAGCUACAUUAUAAGCAGACUACUCCCAUUAUAUAAUACCAAUUUUAGUUUUGCAAUCUGCAAAAUUUUUAGGUGGAGUAUAAAGUUAAGGGAGUCAUAGAAGGAUAGCUGGCAUGCCACUGAUUUUUUGCCCACCACACCCUUAUGCUCUCCUGGUUCCCCACUGCUGCUUGUAAGGUCAACAGAUUGAAGGAGGGGGGGGAGGGGUGGAAGGGGCUGGUGAAAUUUAACAGGGUUUCUGGAGACUCAAGUCCCCUUAACUCACCCCUCCACUGAGAGUUCAUGGACACAUGAAGAACUGACCUGGAUUGGCUGUAAGGUCAAAUAAUUCUUGGAACUUAUAAUUAGUAACUUUUAUCUUCAAUGCAGGCUUAUUUUGGGGGCUCCUGAAAGCUGUUAUACUAUGUUUUGUUUCUGUGUUUGUUUUUGUUGUUCUUUGUAUCAAGUACACUCAGGUGACUGCAGAUUAAAAUCGGGGUGGGUAGAAAUGGUAACCCUACUAGGAGGACUUGGUUUUUUUUAGAAUUCAACAUGAUGACUGUUGUUAGCAGAAACGAUUCAUAUACACCUGAAGAAAACACUGCAUUGCAGGCCAUUCUAAUCUCUGCUUUUUUGCAUUUUAGUUGUUCCAGUGCUGACGUACUUACUCACAAAGGAAGAUCUGACACCUGAGGAAGUAAAUGGCCAUGCUAUUGAUGUGGUGGCUAAUGGUGUUGAUACAGUGAGUGUAGAGAAAAAGUGAAUUAUAAUUAUUUAUUAUUUAAUGAAUGGUGUAGUCAAUCAGUGCUAUUAUGUCAUAAUCAUCAUUGCGUGAUAUGCUACUUACCAGACCAUCGUCAUUGCGGUCAUUAUUAUUGUCAUCUUUUUUACCGUUUGUGAGCAUUAUCAUUAUCACCGUCAAUAACAUAACUUAGCAGUAGCACGAUCAUCAUUAUCAUCAUCCUUGUCGUUGUCAUCAUCAAUUUUGUUAGCAAUUUUAUCAUCACUUAACUUUUUUAUUAUCUUUCUUCAGUAUUUUCUUAUUUUUCUUGUGGUGACAUUAGCAUGAAUCCUUUCUGAUAUAGUUAGUCAUGGUGUAGUGGUGUGCAGGCGAGCAGCAAGAUCAUGAGAUGCCAGAAGUGAGGGCGAUAGCCAAAGGCAAAAAAUGAGAGACUGCUCUAGAGUGAAAAACCAAAAAUACAACCAAUAUAUUACCCUCAAAGCCCAAAAAUGUGACCGGCUUAAUGAAUAUUUUACGUAUAGAGUGUCAGGCAGUCUGGCAAGCUUUUCUUUCGAUACUUUUAGUUUACAUCGAUUGAGCAUUUUUAAAGAGUCCCUUUGUACAUUGGUCUUAUGAUUAUAAUGUGGUUUAUUUUUACAAAAAGGGAAGCUCUCGAAGUAAAUUAAUACUCCCACCCCAACCCUAAAAGGCCCCCCCUGCCCCCAAAAAAGUUCGGAAACCUUGUAAAAGUAUGCGGAGAGAUAAAGAAACUUUCUUUUUAUCUCCUUCUUGAUAACAGACAUCAAUAACCGCUCUUUGGUGGUUAUAUAACUUGGCAAGAUUUCCUCAGGUGCAAGAAAAAAUUUACGAAGAGAUACAGAGCGUUGUUGGGGUAGACGGAGAAGUUACACCGCAUAAUCUCGCAAAGCUUCACUAUCUCAAGGCGUCUCUCAAGGAAUCAUUAAGGUAAAACAUAUUGAAAAAAAUUCACUGUAAAUUUUUUUUUCUGCGUUUGAAUUUGACGGGCUUGACUACAGUUGUAUUUCCAGGGUUUGGUAUAAUAUAAUAGCGAGUUAAAGCAAAAGCGUUCUAUUUGAGUGACGUACAUACUGUGAGGCGUUUUCCCCUUUGGAAUAUCUUGACGCUGCCAGAUUCGUAAUGCUCAUUGGUGUCUUUGCUCUGAUAGAGAUGAAUAGCGGCAAAAUUUAGACGAAACAACUGCCAAAGAUUGCAAAAAAAUCCACUUCCGGUUGACUUGCGUCGGUCAAAAAUGUCUAUGCUUAAAAUUCCAAAUACUGGCAAUUUUAAGGUACCUUAAUCUAAUUUAAUUUUAUCCAUGCAUCUCUCUGCUUGUUAUUUCAUGCAUUGAAGGCUGAACCCUACUGCAGGAAGCCUCGGAAGGAUAUUAGACCAGGACGUUGUCUUAUCAGGAUAUACUGUUCCUGCAAAUGUGAGUACUACACUAAGUACACCGUACUAGGCAGAUGGGCGUUUUUUAUAUUUAGGGAUUGGGGGCGGGGGGGGGUGUUUCUUUUAUUUUAUGUCGUUGUUAUUGUCGUCACGCGUGGCAAAUUGUACGUAAACGGAUACGAUUUGUCAAAAACCCCUCUCAGACCCACACCCGUGAUCACGUAACCUGAAGCGAAAACGUGUAAAAUCUCGGACGUUUACCAUCUUAAUUGCUACUUUUUCGUGGAUAUAUGAUAUUUUUAAUUCGAUUCACAUUAAAUUAUGCUUAGAUUAUGUUUGUUUUCCUUCAAACUAAAUUUCUAACCCAGAAUAGAAGUGUUGAAAUUGUGAUAAUUUGUUUGAUGGAAUAGACUUCUUGACCGUUGCUCAAAGUGUCACCCAGGAGCGAAAAACAUAUUUGCGUUCAUUAGCCGGGGUGAUGGGGAUCAGGUAUAAAAUUCAAAAGUGUGGGGAUUAAGUUGUUGUCCAUUCUCUCGAGGUAAUGAAUUAAGGAAAGAAUGCGCAGUGAUAUUACUUAUUUUUGCUGAUUAUGUUAAUGGUUCACAUUGGUUCUUCCAGACCAUCGUAGUAAUGGACUUCUACUGCUGUGCAUUGUCUGGAAAAUAUUAUAAAAACUCUCUUGACUUUCAACCCGAGCGCUGGCUGAAUAAAGACAAAGACGAAAAUCACGCUUUUACUAAUCUUCCAUUCGGAUUUGGAACUCGUAUGUGCCUUGGUAAGAGACCUACGUUAGUUGAAAUAGACUACGUUCAGUUUCUUUUAUCGCCGCUAGACUAUCGCGCGCUCGACACCCUUCACUAAAUCUGAAGGACAAGAGGGACUGCUCGCAGUCUAACUUUAAAAAUUUGUUCGGACCUCCAACUGCUUUACACUACAUUUUUGUCUCUGGAUGUUUCUUCACCAAAAAUACCAAAACACUUUUCGUGUAGACUUGAGGUGGUUGUUCCCAUGAGCUGCUUGUGCAAGGCGUCAUCUUUUCCUUCCAGGACGUGUAUAACAGGGCUCGUUUUGCAGCACUGUUGCAAAACACGUUGCACGUUUUUUGUUGUCCAUUUUAGUGUCAGUAGCUUAAGUUUCAAAUUUUCUCAGGAAUGCUCACCUUUACGGGUUUAUAUUAACCUAACCUUCACUCUUUACCUCGCUCCGUGGGCUCUGCUUAGUUUCUUGUUGUUAUCAAAUUUGCCUAAACGUUUUAUUCAAAAGCAUGGUUGAUUGUCUUGUUCGGUUUUAGGACGUCGCGUGGCUGAGCUGGAGUUGUACAUUCUUGUCUGCAAGGUAUGCGUUGUAGAUGCACAAUGUUUCGUUGUCCGAUCCUUUUAAGUAUUUUUCAAGGACAUUGGACUUGAUAUUUAGAACGACGAGAACGCAAGGGAAGGAGCUCAUCGCGUUCUUGUACGUCCAAUUACUUCAUGCCUUCUUUUUCCCACGUUUGGCUCGUAGGUUUGUAAAGGCUGCUUCUCUACAUCGCUGUCCGUGAAGCAAUAGUUUCAAAUUUUAUCUAGGAGAAAAGAAGUUUCCUUGUCAUUUGCUUACUACGAACAAAAUUGAGGGAGAGAGGGGUAGGGUACUUAUUCAAGGUGGGUGGGACACUUAUUUGCUAGUUGCUUGGUUGUCAUGGGAGGAGACAUCUUAGUAAUCAUAGUUAUUAACAAUCCUUUUUCUAUGAUUUUUUCUAUCGCAGUUGCUUCAACGAUUCCGUUUAGAGUAUCACCACGAACCAUUAGAGAUGUACCAAAAAUUGUUUGCCGUUCCGGAUAAACCGGUUAAAAUCAAGUUUGUGGACCGGCUGUGAUUAGCAGCAUCAUGAUACACCUGUAUGUGUACUAUCAUGCAUGUUUUUGUGGUUAACGUUUUUAUUGAAACAAUAACCAUUAUUCUGUAAAGUUUGUAAGUAAGUAAGUAUUAAUAGACGUCGAACUACUUUCGGACAAAUUCUCUCGGAAAGAUCCCAAACUUUACAAAGAAUGUAUGAGCUCAUUAACGUUUUUGCCACCCCGCAGUUUUGCAGUUUUUGAUUGCUGCCAUUUCCUUGUGGUUGACUGCAAAGAGCUGAAACUUGCGCAAACUGCUCACUUUACCCAGCUCUUUCAACUUUUGAAACAAAUUUGUAUCCAUGGCAAGGUCUUCUAUAGGUUCCCUCGUAUGCUAUUGAGCAAGGAUGUAAAGGGUGACGUCAGUUAGGAUUCGCCGAUAUAACGAUCGUUUUCGAACGCUUUUCUUUUUUCUUAAAUUCUAUAAUUUUUUCUCUUGCAGUUGCCUCAACGAUUCCGUUUAGAGUAUCACCACGAACCACUGGAGUCAUACCAAAAAUUGUUUGCUGUUCCAGAUAGACCAGUCAAGAUCAAAUUUGUCGAACGGCUGUGAAAAGCAUAUAAUUUACUUAUAAUCAUCCAUAUUUAUUUUUUGCUAAGUUCUACCCAUGUACACUGUAUAUGUAGUUUAUGAAGUGUGACACUGUGAGGUCGUUUUAAGACAAAAUCCUAAAUGUAUCAUCCCAAACACAUCGUCUAUUCUCUGCAAUCAUUAAUAAAUAAACACAUUUCACGAUUUGUUUAAAAACCUUUGUCCUUUAUAGUCUAAUCGUGAGACACUUUCCUUCGUGAAAGGAAUUUUAAAAACUGAAAAGCUCGAAAUAAACGAUACUUAACACACAAGUAAUGCCAAUAAAAAAAAUCAAUGAAAACAAACAAACAAAAAAUACAUGUCAUACCUACAAGGACACAGAGAAACAUGGCGAAUUGUUUGUCUUGAUUGGUAGUGUGAAGUAAUAAGAGCGAAAUUCGAGCGCGUGCCAAUCGCUAAAAUUCGUCGCGAGACUUCGUUGAAAUGUCCACAGCGUUUCUUACUUUACUGAAUGUCUAUUAACUAUAUUAGAAUAGUGUUUCAAAUUCAGCUGAAACUGAGCACCAUUCACAGGGGCUGUUCCACUUUAAAAAGGAAUAAAAACCUUGUUGAUUCUAUUUUAUUAUUGAGAGGAAACGCCAGAAAGUGUCAGAAAAUUGUAUGUAUCUCCGCACGGCACUUUUAUGACCCACAGUAAGGGAAACUUUGACCAGAUCAGAAAUACUAGAAGAGCCUUCUGCUCUCAUUUAAUCAUUAAACUGAGUAGUUCCUUCAUUUUUUGCUGGAUGUCCCCCUCACCCCCUAAAAGGAUCUACAAAGAUAGCUCCAACGGGUGUUUGUUUUAGAUAUAAAGCAGGAACAACCCACAAAUUAUACUCCCUAACGGACGGUCGGCAAAAGUCAUCAGGAAGGCCAGGUUUCUUUUGGGGGGCGGUGCUGGAAUAAGGCACUUGAUGCAUUUGAGGAGGCCAUGACCCGGAGCAACCAACUCUAUUGUACCCACAAUAACAGAUGAGUUUAUUUCCAGAUCGAUUUUCCAGCGAAUUUUGAAUGUCAACAUAAAUCUUACAAAUCAGCCAUCAAAAACCGGCGACUAGAAAAAAGUAUUCCCGAUGUUUUGAUAGCAUUUACUUCUAAGAAAUUAUCGUACUAUUUAUGCGCAAGCCUACAGAACGGUGAUUCCAUUUUCGCGGGAAAAUGUGCUCAAAAUGAUGCUAAAAAUAGCUUCAUCCGUGAAAAUGCUAAGCAUGGCGGUUACACUCCCUGAGUUAUGGGCUCCUGAUGCAUUAGGGUGGGAGCUAUCAGGUUAAAUAACCUACUUUUCAGGGUGGGGGCGGGAGAAGUCUUUAAAAUAUGCAAAAGUUUUAUCUGAAAUACACGUGUAGAAAUUAGUCUGGCUUUACCUUAACAUGGAAUUAUGCCUUGGCUGACUGUACACCUCCAAAAACAUAGGAUAUGAACAGCAGCCGAUUUACUAAUCGGCUCCUGAUAUGAAUCACUUUUCACGCAGAUCUGCUGAAAACCGAACUAGAUUCCUUUCCCUUUGUGUUUGUGGUCUAACGAACAAACCAGUCAUGUACAAGAAAUUUGACAAUACGUGAGCCGCAGGGCGGUGGGAAGCGAGCACGCUUCUCAGUUUUCGAGAAGUAUGCCCUCCAACAUGGCGGCCAAUACAAAUCAUACUGCUUUGUUGAAAAAUCAAAGUGUCAUAAAAUAUCUCCCUUCAGUGCGUUUCCUUGCAAAUUUCGGGUGUAAGAUAAUUUUGAUGUGCUCUGUCAAUUUUUGGCACCAGCAAGAUUGCAACUCAUCGUUUAAAGAAAGCAUUGGUCACGUGACCUCUUAGUGCAACUGGCCUCGAUGAGGAGCGUUGCGUGACGACAUUAAAAACUGCUGUGUAGCAAACUAAUCAACGAUAAGCUUGAUAAUAAUUAUUUGCUUCAAAUCCCACGCAGCGGAGCUAAUACAAUACCGCACAACUUUUAGGUUCUGUUUCAACUUUAAAUUUGAGAAGCACUCAAUCUACGUCCCACGUCGUCAAGGGGAUCGAGGGAGCAAAGAGCGAAGUUACGGUCAGUUACCUGUCCCUCAGGAAUCAGGUGAUUGAAAAUAUGUUUUCUCCGUCUGCCGCCUCUCUUCGAGCAAAUUUUCUCCCCCCGAAAGCUCGGCAUCUGAAAUGCCUAACUUCGUUCUGGAGAUGGCAAAAAACAGAGGCCAGUCCUUUGGAAAAGCGGGAAAGUUUCGACGACCCAAGGCCCGCAAAAUCUGCAGAAGUUGAAGCGCGACCAUUCCGUGACAUUCCAUCGCCCGAUUUUGGCUUGACAUCGACAAUUAAAUAUUUUAAGGAAACCGAAGGUUUUACCAAAGUUUACAAACUAACUAAUCGGCUGUUUACGGAGCAUGGUCCUAUUUUUAGGGACGACAUAUUGUUUAGCGGCAAACCUGCGGUUCACAUCAUCAAUCCCGAUGAUUUUGAGAAGGUUUUCCGUUCUGAAGGAAGAUAUCCACGCAGACCGCCGAUAGAUAUUUGGAUUGAGCAGCGCAAAAGGAGGAAUUAUUUCGUCGGAGUCUUUAGUGCGUAAGUAAAUGUUACGUAAUAGUAUAAAUUCUAUUUCAAUUGGGUUUCAGUAAAACUCGGGGCCGGGUAAUUUAGGGUUAGGGUUAGGGUUAGGGUUAGUGUCCACCCCUCCCCACCCUUUCCUCAAACAUGGCUGGGGUCUGAACCCUUAAUUUUUUGCUAGCACCCGAUGCAUGACUUUAAUUUUGAAAGAAAUGUCCGACUGGUCUAAAUUACAUAAUUAUUAGCCCCACUUUUUAGAAAAUCACUCUGAGAGAGGGAGGAAGGGGAAGGUGAGGAGGGGGGUUGGGUGCAGAGAAAAAAUGGAAUGUCCCCUCUCAAAGUUGACAGUACUUUUGAAGAGAAACACAGUUGAAAUGGCAGAUAUUUAUUGCAGCUGACAUCAUGAUAUGAAGCAGAAAAUAAUAAACAUUUUCAAAUGCAUCAAAGAGCUAGAUGCCCAGAAACAGGGUGGGGAUGGGAAGCGGGGUGGGGUGAGUAUACAUGAAGAAAUGCACAAAUUCAAAUGGGUGUCAUUAAAACGUGCGGUCGGGGUUAGGGUUUGCCUUUUUUUUGAAAGAAUGCUGUUUCACGGUUAGGGUUAGGGUUUGUGAUAAAAAGUUGAGCAUUGUGUGGUCGGGGUUAGGGUUUGUCUUUUUUUUGAAAGAAUGCUGUUUCAGGGUUAGGGUUAGGGUUGAUAAAAAGUUGAGCAUUACAAAAACUAGCCUGUUCCAGGCGUUCAGAUAGUGGGGAGCAUUGCGAAGUAAAAAGGAGUGCGAAAAAAGAAAAGCCAGGGAGGGGGAGAGGUCCCCCUCUACUUUUCAUCCCUUUCUUUACUUCACAACGCUCUCCACAUCUGAACGCUUGGAACAGGCUAUACAAAAACAGUAAGAAGACAUUAAGCAAGACACCUCCAUCGGGGAGGUGGGGAAGUAAUAAUCAUGAGGCUAUUUUUGAAGGGGAGUGGGAAUGGAAAUUGUUUAGAUAUUCAUUCAUUUUAAUGCUUAUUAUGGCAUUUUAAUACUACAGUGUAGCACAAUCCAACCCUUUUCUUGUUUUAUUGUUUUGAUAUCGUAGGGAUGGAGAAGAAUGGUACAGGAUACGAAAGAGUAUUGCUCCAAAAAUCAUGCGCCCAAAAAUAAUUGAGGAAAACAUUGAUAACUUUAAUGCUGUUACCAAGGAUACGGUAGCAAGGCUUGUUCAACUGAACAAAGAUUGUGGACCAAAUGAUCAUAUUCCUGACUUAGAAGGGGAAUUGAGUAAAUGGUCAACUGAAAGUAAGUUGACAGGAGUAUAACAUGGACUAAUGGACUAAUUAAAGUUCCAGUAGCAUGUAUUUAUAUACUGAUAUGCCAUCUCACAUCUCUCACGUUCUCCUUCCAUUAUUAAAGGCACUGGUUGCUUAAGAUUAAAAAAAAAUGUCACCAGUAAAGCCUGAGGUUUCCUCAUAUUCUAUUCAGCUGCAAUAGUUACAAUUGAGCACAUUGACCAAGAAGCACUAAAUUAAAUGGAAACUGGAGGUACUAAAGGUCUGAGGUAGGUUUAGGCCCACACCCACCAGCACAUCUAGAUGCACUGCAUGCUGAGGAUCAGUUUCUUCGUAAAAACAUCAUUUCAUGGAAUUAACCCACCUAUCAGAACAAAAUGCAAUCCAGCUCUUCAAACAAAAACACUUGACUGCAAAGGUUACUGGAUGAGAAUCAACAGCUGACAACAACAGGUAACAUUUCAUGAUGUCUGCACUUUUGCUGGUUUCCCUGUGAAUGACAUCUUAGGAAUGAGCACAGAAAUUCCAUACUGAUGACAUCUGGGAAGUGCUUGUGAUUGGUCGUGCCACUAGAGACUCUGGCAUUUCUGUGCACGUCAUUUGACCUCAGACGCCAUUUCAUGGAAAAUCAUUGAUAGGUGUGCAAAAUUUAGGCUGUUUUCUUAUAGGCUAAAAGAAUGAAGGUUAGCCUUUAAGGUACUGUAAUAUUUAUUCAACAUAUUGGUAUAUUUUUUUGCCUGUACAGGUAUUGGUACUGUGGCAUUUGACACCCGUCUUGGAUUGUAUGAUGAUCCAAUCCCACCAGAAGCGCUGAAGUUCAUUAAUGAGGUUCAAAACUUCUUUGCUCUUUCCCACAAGCUUAUUUUCAGUGCAGCACACAGAAUUGCUGGGCCAUACAUUGACACACCACUUUUUAAAAAGUUCCUCAAGUGUGGUGAUGCUAUCUUAGACAUAGGGCAGGGUUUUGUGGAAAAAAAGAUGAUGGAACUAAAAGAAAUGGCACAGAAAGGAACUGACAGUUCUGAUAACUCUCAAGGUGUGUGCAAGCUGAUUGGAUAGAUACUUAAGUGUUAAAAAUUUGAUUAACCUGCUUGUACUUUUAUGAGAACCUGCGGGCUUGAUGAAUAAUUUUAGUUUUGGAAUCUGAAAAAUUUUUAGGUGGAGUAUAAAGUUAAGGGAGUCAUAGAAGGAUAGCUGGCAUGCCGCUGAUUUUUUCCCCACCACACCCAGCCCUUAUGCUCUCCUGGUUCCCCACUGCUGCUUGUAAGGUCAACAGAUUGAAGGAGGAGAGGGGGAGGGGGGGGGUGGCUGGGGCUGUGUAAGGGGCUGGCGAAAUUUGAUAGGGUUUCUGGAGACUCAAGUCCCCUUAAAAACAUCAACUCACCCCUCCACCGAGAGUUCAUGGACACAUGAAGAACUGACCUGGAUAGCUGUAAGCUCAAAUAAUUCUUGGAACUUAUAAUAUUAGUAACUUUUAUCUUCAAUGCAGGCUUAUUUUGGGGGCUCCUGAAAGCUGUCAUACUAAGUUUUGUUUUUGUGUUUGUUUUUGUUGUUGUUUGUAUCAUUGCCACCAUCUUUGACUUUAUAUCACACUCAGGUGAGUGCAGAGGAAAAUUGGGGAGGGUAGAAAUGGUAACCCUAGGAGGACUUGAUGACCAUUAUGUUAGCAGAAACGAUUCAUACACCUGAAGAAGACACUGCAAUGCAGGCCAUUCUAAUCUCUGCGUAUUUUCAUUGUAGUUGUUUCAGUGCUGACGUAUUUACUCACAAAGGAAGAUCUGACACCAGAGGAAGUAAAUGGCCACGCAAUUGAUGUGGUGGCUGGGGGUGUUGAUACAGUGAGUGUUGAGAAAAAGUCAAUUAUAAUUAUUUAUUAUUUAAUGAAUGGUGUAGUCAAUCAGUGCUAUAUGUCAUCAUCAUUGCAUGAUACGCUACUUAGCAGACUAUCGUAAUUUGCUGUCAUUAUCGUCAUCUUUAUUACCGUUUAUGAACAUUAUCAUUAACAUAUAGAUUUAGCCAGGGCUAAAAGCGAAGCUCUGGUUAAUAAUACGUGUAAACAACAAAAAAAAUUAAAUCGUGUAAUGGUAAACGGGGACGACAAUGAAAAUGGCUUCAAGACUAAUAGAUCUAAUUAGCAAAAAAACAAAUUGCACGUGCAGCACACUUUUUGUCUUUUCCUUGCCGUUGUUUUGCACGACCACAACGCUGUUUUGUACGACUAAAACGUCUAACUUCCUAGUUACACAUUAUUUUUAUGGAGGAAUUGUCGUAUGUGCUUACCAAUAUUUUGUUUCCUGUCUUCACGUUCGCUAUUAUUUUUCAUUGCCGCUCAUUUUCACCUUGCUGGCCGAUAGCAUUUCUCAUUUUCUCACCGCCGCUUUGAAUGUCCAUGUUUUUCUUCCUACGAAAUUCGUCUCCUUUGUUUUCAAAAAUUCGCUCUAGCUCUUUGUCUCUUAUCCAAGUUCGUGUAAACAUAAAAAAUAAUGCCGAAAAAGGCACGACUUUGUUGUUGUUUUUUUUUUCUAAAAACCAAGGCGGCCACGUGAUUUCCUUCCAAAUAAAACCUUGAGUUGCAUUUGGGUCGCCAUACCUGUUGAUUGAGUUAUUUUACGUUGGUAUGCCUGUGGUGCGGACGGACGGUCGGUCGGUCGGUGUACGGUCACGUGAUUACCAAAUUUUCUCCGAUGGGUAGAUUACCAAAUUUCCUUAGCUAUGGGGCUCCGCCCACGCCCGGCGCGUGGGGCUCCGCUAUCACCAUCAAUAACAUAACUUAGGCAUCAUCAUCAAUUUUGUUAGCAAUUUUAUCAUCCCUUAACUUUUUUAUUAUUUUUCUUCAGUAUUUUCUUAUUUUUCCUUCGGAGACUGAUUAGCAUAAAUCCUUUCUACCUGAAAUUUGAACGAAAAUAUAGUUUUCAUAGUGGAGUGGUGUGCGUGCGAGCAGCAAGAUCGCGAGACGCAAGAAGCGAGGGCGACAGCCCGGAAUGAGAAAUGAGAGACUUGUCUAGAGUGCAUAAAUUAUAUAUAUUACCUGCUCAAUACAUUUUACAUAUAGAGUCAGGAAAUCGGGUAAGCUUUUUUCCUUCCAUACUUUACAUCGACUGAGCGUUUUUACAAAGCCCCUUUAUGCAUUCGCUUUACAAUUAGAAUGUGGGUUAUUUUUACAAAAAGGCAGGCUCUAGGGGUAAAUUAAUACCCCCAGCCGACCCCUCCACCCCCCAAAAAACCAGUGUUCGGAAACCUUCUAAAUGUAUGCGGAGAGAUAAAGAAACUUUCUUUUUAUCUCCUUCUUGAUAACAGACAUCAAUAACCGCCCUUUGGUGGUUAUAUAACUUGGCAAGAUUUCCUCAGGUGCAAGAAAAAAUUUACGAAGAGAUACAGAGCGUUGUUGGGAUAGACGGAGAAGUUACACCGCACAAUCUCGCAAAGCUUCACUAUCUCAAGGCGUCUCUCAAGGAAUCAUUAAGGUAAAACAUACUGAAAACAAUUCGCUGUAAAGUUUUGUUUGUUUUUCUGCGUUUUGACGGGCUUUAUUACAGCUGUAUUUCGAGGGUUUAGUUCAUAUAAUAGCGAGUUAAAGCAAAAGCGUUUUAUUUCAGUGUAGAAGUACGUACUGUGCGGCGUUUACCCUCUUAGAAUAUCUUGACGCUGCCAGAUUUGUUACGUUCAUUGGUGUCUUUGCCCUGAUAGAGACGAAUAACCCAAAAAUUUAGACGAAACCACUUCCUAAGAUUGCAAGAAUCCACUUCCGGUUGACUUGCGUCUCUCAAAAAUGCCUUUGCUUAAACUCCCAAAUAUUGGCAAGUUUAAGGUAUUUUAAUCUAAUUUAAUUUUAUCUAUGCAGGCUGAACCCUACUGUAGGAGCCCUUGCAAGGAUAUUAGACCAGGACGUUGCCUUAUCUGGAUAUACUGUUCCUGCAAAUGUAAGUACUACACUAAGUACACCUUACUAGGCAGAUGGGCGUUUUUUAUAUUUUAGGGGUGGCGGGAUUGUUUCUUUUAUUUUAUGUCGUUGUUGUUGUUGUCACGCAUGGCAAAUUAUACGCAAGCUCAUAAGAUUUGUCAAAAACCCCUCACAGAUCGGUGCUCUGGUUAAUUUUCAAUUCGUAUUAUUGGGAUUGUUGCUAGGGAAAAUUCUGGCCGUAUAACUUAAACUCCUUUUGCCAUGCAUUAGCCAUUUUAUAGAACAGUACGUAUUGGCUAUAUACAGAUGCAAAUUAUGACGUCAUCGGACCACACCCUUGAUCACGUAACCUGAAGCGAAAACGUUUAAAAUCUCGGACGUUCACCAUCUUAAUUGCUGUUUUUUCGUGGAUAUAUGAUAUUUUUAAUUCAAUUCACAUUAAAUUAUGCUUAGAUUAUGUUUGUUUUCCUUCAAACUAAAUUUCUAACCAGAAUAGAAGUGUUGAAAUUGUGAUAAUUUGUUUGAUGGAAUAGACUUCUUUACCGUUGCUCAAAGUGUCACCCAGGAGCGAAAAACGUAUUUGCGUUCAUUAGCCGGGGUGAUGGGGAUCAGGUAUAAAAUUCAAAAGUGCGGGGAUUAAGUUGUUGUCCAUUCUCUCGAGGUAAUGAAUUAAGGAAAGAAUCCGCGGUGAUAUUCCUUAUUUGUGCUGAUUAAUGGUUCACAUUGGUUCUUCCAGACCAUCGUACUAAUGGAAUUCUACUGCUGUGCAUUGUCUGGAAAAUAUUAUAAAGACUCUCUCGACUUUCAACCUGAGCGCUGGCUGAAUAAAGACAAAGACGAAAAUCACGCCUUUUCCAAUCUUCCAUUCGGAUUUGGAACCCGUAUGUGCCUUGGUAAGAGACCUUCGUUAGUUGAAAUAGACUACGUUCAGUCUCUUUUAUCGCCGCUAGACUAUCGCGCGUUCGACACCCUUCACUAAAUCUGAAGAAAAAGAGCGACUGCUCGCAGUCUAGCUUUAAAAAUUUGUUCGGACCUUCAACUGGUUUACACUAGGUUUUGUCUAUGAACAGGCUAAGUUAGCUUAAGUUUCAAAUUUCCCAGGAAUGCUCACCUUUACGGGUUUAUAUUAACCUAACCUUCACUCUUUACCUUGUCUUUACUCUUUGCAUUGUCCCGCCUCGAAUAGCCUUGCUAGCUGCGGCCAAUACUUUUGUAAUUUUAUUUGUUUAUUAAUAAAGUUUUGUUGUUGUUGUUUGUUGUUACCUCGCUCCGUGGGCUCUGUUUAGUUUGUUGUUGUUAUUAAAUUUGCCAAAACGUUUUAUUCAAAAGCAUGGUUGAUUGUCUUGUUCGGUUUUAGGACGUCGCGUGGCUGAGUUGGAGUUGUACAUUCUUGUCUGCAAGGUAUGUGUUGUAGGGGUUUUUAUGCGCAAUGUUUCGUUGUCCGAUCCUUUUAAGUAUUUUUCAAGGACAUUGAACUUGGUAUUUAGGACGACGAGAACGCGAGGGAGGGAGCUCAUCGCGUUCUUGUACGUCCGAUUACUUCAUGCCUUCUUUUUCCCACGUUUGGAUCGUAGGUUGGUGAAGGCUGUUUCUCUACAUCGCUGUCCGUAAAGCAAUAGUUUCAAAUUUUAUCUGGGAGAAAAGAAGUUUCCUUGUCAUUUGCUUAUUACGAACAAAAUUGAGGGAGAGAGGGGUAGGGUACUUAUUCAAGGGGGUCACUCGGGUGGGACACUUAUUUGCUAGUUGCUUGGUUGUCAUGGGAGGAGACAUCUUAGUAGUUAUAGUUAGUAUCAAUCCUUUAUAACGAUCCAGUUGCCUCAAAAUUUUUCUAUGAUUUUUCUCUUGCAGUUGCUUCAACGAUUCCGUUUAGAGUAUCACCACGAACCAUUAGAGAUGUACCAGAAAUUGUUUGCCGUUCCGGAUAAACCGGUUAAAAUCAAGUUUGUGGACCGGCUGUGA